UUGAGAUGGUGGGCAGUUGAGCUGAUUACAUUGCUCAGUGGUUGGCUGCCAAAUCCACAGCUAGAGACUUCUGUCCUAUCUAUUUGCCUUACAAACUCUCAAAUACAUUUCCAUUUUCCCUUUUCUUUUGGUGCUGCUGCAAGGUUAUCUCUUCAACAUAUAUACUUCCUAACAAUGACUUUUUUGGUGUAACGAUUAGUAUGGGUAUAAUAUGACAUUCUUAAAAUAACUCAUAACCAUUUUGUAUCACUCGGAUUUCAAACGAAUUAGGAGCUGGAAAUCCAAAAGCAGCUAGAGUUUCCAUCUUUGCAGUCUUCAUUCUAGCAACUGCAGAAUUCCUGAUAGCAAGUGGAAUUCUGUUUUGCUUGCGUAAUGUAUGGGGAUAUGCUUUCACAAAUGAAAAAGAAGUCAUCACUCUUAUCAAAGAACUAACUCCUCUUCUCUGCAUCUCUAUCGUCAUGGAUAGCAUACAAACAGUAUUAUCAGGAGUAGCAACAGGAAGUGGAUGGCAACAUAUAGGAGCCUAUGUGAAUUUAGGAGCCUAUUACUUGGUUGGAAUUCCAGCUUCUUUAUUGAUGGGAUUCUCUUUGAAUUGGAAAGAGAAAGGCCUGUGGAGUGGAUUACUCAUAGGAUCCACAGUGCAAACAAUUCUGCUUUCCUUUAUCACUGCUUUCACAGAUUGGGAAAAACAGGCUAAGGAAGUAAGAGAAAGGUUGUUUGAUGGAAAACUUUCAGCAGAAUAUUGAAUGACUCAAACGAUGCACGAGAACACACCGAUGAUCUUUCCAAUGGAACAAUAAGACGUAGCUUAAUUUGGCUUGACAGAAGAGGGAGUUAUAAUAUUACAAUUGGCCACAUGUUGUUCUUUUUAAGACAGUUCUGGUAAUUAGCAUUGACUUGCAAAGGUUUUGAUAAAGAUCUCCGAGUGAGUGAAGUGUCUUUUACUAUAGUAUUUUUGUGUUCUUGAGAAUUUGUUCAUAAAGACCAAGAGAAUGAACUUUUUAAUUAAAUAGAAAUGGACUUGCAGAAAAGAAAUUAAGGAUGUAAAGAGUAUUUCAGAAUUCAGACCAUAAGAGAGGUUAGUUUAACACAAAUAAAUCUACAAAGAGGUUUCUAGGAUUUUCCUUCAAAUAAUGAUCGAGUAGGUCGUGUAUCUCACGCUUCAUUCAACUCAUGUAUGGCCUAGUUUCAACUCAUUUGUGGUUCUUCACUGGCAAAUUGCUUAUAUGGAUUGGCCAUGAUCGAAAAUUCAUACGGGUUUGCCUUUUGUAAACAUACUUUGCUUUGUGGAUUGUUGCCAAAUCCGCAACUCUUAUGACUAGUCUAUAUGGUCGAAAUCGGAGAGCUCGAUUUCAACGGCUUAAAGGUACCUCGGGCUUGAGUUCAGGCAGCACGAAGUAAAGACCAGAUCUGACUGGAAAAUGCACACCUCGAGGGAGCAAAUCGGAGACCCAUCAUGAUCUACCUCGAGGGCAGUACAAUUUCGAUGACACUCAAGAAAGAGCGAGAAUUUCUCAAGGACACGUGGGUUAGGGUAUAAAUUAUAGGAUAAGAUUUGUACGAAAUAGUACGAGUUCGUACUAGGUUGUUAUACAGCUGUACCAAUAGAAUUCAUUACCAUAAUUGGGAAUGCACCAUAUUGGGGUUUUCCCCUCCUAUAUAAAGGGGACCCCAAAUCAUUUGUAAACAUCAUCUCAUUUUU